GUUUCAGAUUUGAUCCAUACUUUCUGCUACUUCAAAUAUGGUCGUAACGAGAAAUUUAUGGAGAUUAUUGAUGAGAUCCAAAAAUUGUGAUCACAUGACAAUCCAGAAAAGUUUCUAUUCCGCUUGGAUCAAAUGUACAGAAACGGUGACUGAGAUGCAGCAAGCUGGUGGUAGUAACAGCAUUGAUGUGGAACGUCUGUUUACAAGAAAUGAUAUUCAGAGUUUACUAAAACGCCUUACGGGAUUAAAUCUUAGGGAAAAAUUAUUCGGCAAUCGGCAAAUCACUCAACCUCAGCGUUCACAUUAUGCUUUGAUGACGGAUGAAGCUUACCAAAAGACAGUGAAAAGCAUGGAAGAAAUAGGAACGAAUUUCCUGCAGUUUGUGCCUGUACUAGAACCGCGUUGUAAUACACCAACCGUUCUUGCCAAUGAUCCGGAAAUCAAAGGUUUUGAUAGCAGUAAAUAUGUCUUCACAGAUCUUUCGUUUGGCCUUGGAAUCCAGGUGCGCUCAGUUGUUGUACGUGAAACAGAUGGUACAUUACGAAGUGCAACACCGGAAGAACGCGAUAGAAUGACGAGAGUUUACAAGGGUCAUCCUUAUCGACCAAUAUAUGAGCCACCAUUGUUCAAAGAUCCAUAUUUGCAGAUGGCAUUGGACAGGGAUGAUCACGAAUAUGUUCUCGAUUGGGCGUGCCAUUAUUAUCUACCAAAUGACCCGGUCUUCAUCAAGCUUUGUCAUGUGAUAUUUGAUCGUACAAUAAACGAAAAUAAAUUUGCAAAUCUGCAUUCUACCAGGCAUUUUGGUCCUUUCGUCUUUUAUCUUGUAUUAAAUAACAAAUUUGCACCUCUGCUAAAUCAUUAUAUAGUUGAGAAAAGGACUGAGGAUGCUGCAAAUUUAGUGCGUCUGAUUAAAGCAAUUUUUCCAGAUAAAGCGUGUUGUCAAAUGAAGGAUGUGGAUGAUUUGAAAGUAUUGCAGCAAUACGCGAAAGAAAAUAUGGAUUAUGAAGCUACAAUAUGUGAUUUAAUAAAGGGAUUGCAAAAGAAACACGAGGAGAUUAAGAGUAGCAAAAGUGAGGAUAGCAGGGGAAUGAAAAGCGGAAAAGAGCAUACUUCGACAGUAGAUAAAGCAUGUUUCGCGAGUGUAGAAGGACCACUUGGUGAAAUGGCUAAAACCUAUGAUGUACGUGUGGUACGAGGUUCAUCUGAAGCCGUUGAACAGAUACAGAAAUUAGAUGAAAAAUCACAUAAGGGUAAAAAGCGACCGAAUAGAAAAGAUGAUAAAAAAUAAUACCGAAUGUUGUUAUUUAUUAUGUGGAAAUUUUUCCGUAAUUAAAGUUAUACACGUGUACAAAAUUGUGUAAUGAGAACA